AGUGUUCGUGAAAAGAUGAAGAGCGUUUUGCUGCGUGAUUCAGACUCAAUUGAGUGGUGAAGUUCUGCCAGGGCUAUAAACGAAAGGCAACUUCACCUGGAAAACUGGUCUGCAGACAACUGGGACCAGGUCACUCACUACAGGAUCCUGCUCCGAGACAGGCUGUUGGGAACUCUUUCUGUCUCCAUCAUGGAAAGAAUCAUCAUAAGGCACCCGAUAGAAACCCCAGUACGCUAUCAAGAGGAAUUUGAAGCCCGAGGCCUUGAAGACUGCAGGCUGGAUCACAGCUUGUAUGCACUGCCAGGGCCAACCACGGUGGACCUGGGGAAGGCCAGGUCAGCCCAGAAUCCACUACCGGCUACAGAAACUGAGAAGCCGCCAGCGGAGGACAAGCCUCAUUUUCAGAUCUUGCUGGAUGUGGUGCAGUUUCUCCCUGAAGACGUCAUCAUACAGACUUUUGAAGGCUGGCUCCUGAUCAAGGCUCAACAUGGCACCAGAAUGGACGAGCAUGGAUUUGUCUCAAGAAGCUUCACCCGGCAAUAUAAGCUACCGGAUGGUGUUGAAAACAAAGACCUCUCAGCCCUCUUCUGCCAUGAUGGCAUUUUGGUAGUGGAAGUGAAAGAUCCCGGAAGGGUUAACUGAACUACUGCCAGUUGCUGUUAAUAAGACAGUAUGUGCCUUAAUGUGGGUCUGACAGCCCUGUGUAAUUAGAGAGCUUGCAUGCAUGUGGCCCUAUUGGCUGCAUUUACAGUGGGGUUUAAAAAUAUAUAUUUGAAUAUAUUUCUUGGUACGUUGAGUUUUAUUGUUCAUUUUCUCUUAGUGGAAAAUGUUUAGCAACUUGCCCACAGUGCAGAGCUAUGCUGUUUAUGCAACUGAAAACUUAUGACAAUUUGAGAUAAGCAUUUCUGAUACUGUUGUAACGCAAAACAGGUGCGCUUAACUGUAUCACUAACGCAGGCAGGACUGAAUUGGUAAAAAUAAACUACAAUAAUUAUACUAAGGAAAGGAAUUAACAUGACAAUUUUCUUUGAAAAAAUAGUUGGCAUCUCUGCAAAAUAUAGUGUUUCUGCUAACUUUGAUUUUUUUCAUUUCAAUGUAUUUUUUUAUAUCAAAACUCAGUCUGGUAGAGUGGGAUAAAUAUAAUGGUAAAAGCAUGGAAUCAGAAGACCUGGGUUCAGAUUCUGAUUUUGCCAUUUGUUUACUGUGUGACCUUGGCCAAAUAAAGUAAUUUUACCUCUCCAGGCCUCAAUUUUUUCACCUUCAAAAUGAAAAAGAUUGGAUUAGAGGACCCCUGCAGUCCCUUCUCACUCAAAUCCAUGACUCCAGAUAAAUCUUUUUGUUUCUGCAAUAGAGAGAAGGUGCACAUUUGUGGAAUCCUUCUGGAUCUAUACAUUUGUUGUAAACAAACCAAUUAUCAGCUACACUGUGAUUGUAAUGUGAUCUGUUGACAUUGUUCAUUCAUAAGAAUACACAUUUGCUAUGACUCUCAUGAUUGUUUUACAAUUCAAAAUAUGAUUAGGAAACCAUUUUUUAAAAGUCUAGCUAUCCUUUCCAUAGCUUUGGUUUAAAGGACAAUUAUGAGACCUGGAAAAAUUGACAAUAGCCAGAAAAUGGCAAAUGCUUAUUCAUUGUCUCCAUAUAAUCUUUUUUUUUAGGCUCCAUAUAGUCUUUAAAUAUUCUAAUCGACAGCAAGGAAUUUAAAAAAAGAAAGAAAGAAAAAACUUGUCACACAGUCACAGAUACCACUGUGUGUACACAGCAUGCCUGACAGUUAUCACAUUACAGCUUGCCCUCUCUUAAUCAGUUAGCUUGUCCAAAAGAACAACAGUUAAGACUUUAGUAAAGGUAUAUGCUUAUUGCUUUAUGAAAGCUGCCUCCAACAGCUGGUCUAUUGCAUUCCACAGAUCUGCUAUAUCAUUGCUGUAAAUGCUAAACAAUUCAAGGAGAGAGGAUGUGGAGAGCGGGGGCAGGGAGGGAUAGGAGGAGACUUGCUACCUCCUUUCAAGUGUACUUAAGAUAACUACAUGACUGCAGUUCUAUGAAUAGAAGAGGAAUGCCUAAUGGCCAGAGCCAAGCUAAAUAGAGACUUUCCUGCUAUCAGAGCACUGUGUGAUCAAAUGCAAUAAAUUUUCAAUGAAAUUAACUACCAGUACAGAAGGAAAGGACAUAAAGAAAGGGGGAAAGAAAAGAGAGUGAAAAAUGACAUUCUAAUUAAAAACAAAGAUUUCCUCCAGGGUUAAGGUCAUAGAGAUGAUGUGUGUUUCUGUGUUCUGCAAUGGUUGAUAUUUGAUGUAUGCUUAUGUUCUAAGGUUUUGGAAUCAACUGUCUCAAAAUGAAUAUCAUUGAUUUUCUCUGUAGUUACCUUAGGCGAUUGCUCUCAUAUUCCAUUAACUGAAACAUUCAGGCUAUAAAAUUCAGUUGGUUGCUAUAGGAGUUGUUAUCUACAUAACCAUUGCUCCUUACAAUGGAUUGUUUCUCCUCCUUUUUCAAAGUUUGGGGGUUACAUAAAACCUUUAAUCAUUGGUAAGUAGGCCAGGUGGUGGCAAGAGCACUGACUUUGGAGAAUGAAGUCCUGGAUUCAAAUCUUAGCUCUUCUAUUAAGUACCUGUGUGAAUUUAGACAAGAUAAUUUAUCUCUGAGGCCUCAAUUUUCUCAUCCACAAAAUUAGGAGAUUGUACCGAAUCACCGCUAAGGUUGCUUAUAGCUCUAAAGCCCAUGGAACAUACUGUUCAGAGAAAUUUGAAAGCAAAGUAAAAAUUAUUUCUGUACGACAGUAUUUCGAAACCUGUUGUAUGAUGAAGGAGCUGAUGAUGGUGAAGUUCCAAUAACUAAAUGUGGAUAUGGAACAAGAAAUGGUUCCUGGUGAAGUGAAGUCACCAAAAAACUGCCAUUCUGUGUUCCUGAGUAGAUAUAUUUUAAAGGGUCCCUUCUCUAUAAACAAAAUGACUUGCUUUUUUUUUUCAAUAUUUUUUGUUCCUUUUAUUGAAAAGAUGAGAUGAAUGUUUUGUUUUAAUAGUCUAAGAUGAUCUGUUAUCUGUAAAGCUUAAAAUAAAACAUGGCCAUGGUCAGAGCCAUAACUAG